AUGUAUAGGUAUCUUGUAAGAAGCCUGAAGUCCCCUUAUCAUGAAAUUCUGAAUUUACGAACGAAAAAUCUGAAACAUAUACUGUUGUCAUUCUUAACAAUACAAAUUUUCCUUGGUUUGAUAAUAUUUUAUCGUAAUGAUAAUACUCUAAAAUCAAUAGUACAGGUAUUGACUGUAGAUGAUUUUCAAGAUGGUACCAUAUUAUAUCAAAAAUUGAGAUAUAAUACUAGUUCAAUUUGGAUUGAUGAUUAUGAACUAAAUAAAGAUAUAUUAACCAUAAAAUUUGGUCCUCAGAAAGGUAAGAAGAUUGGUUCAAUCAAUGAGCUUUCGUUCUAUGACAGUGAUCCAAGACUAAUUUGGUCCGUAUAUUUAAACCAUCUGAUGACAAUGGAUGAAACAAGUAAUGACCCAAUUACUAUACCAUUUUCUUGGUACGAUUGGGCUGAUUUCCAUAUGUUCAAUAAGUUGAUGUCUGUCACUGCCAGUCAAAAGAUUAAUAUAUCUUGCAAUUUCCUUAUGGAAGCAGCUUUUAAUAAGACAGUUUUAGAAUCCAUUGAGAAUCAAUUAAAUGAACCAUUGUUCUCAUAUGAAAGAAAGAAAUAUUCAGAUCCCUUCUGGUAUAAAAAUACAAGAAAAUUAGAUCAUAGCUUAAUAGGGAUUCAAAUUCCAAAUCAUUGUGUACCAAAUCCAAAUGGAAAUGAAAGAUUUAAUUUACCAUACAUCAUUACAGGUUUGUACGAUAAAUUAAGACCAGAAGUUUAUGAAUUACAUGCUCGUAAUCAUAUGUUAAAUUCACUUCGGCAUCCACUCUCUUUAACUAUAAUGAACAAAGAUAAAACAAGUUAUCGCGUAGAUUUGGAUCGAGAUAGAAAAGCUAAUAUAAUUCAGUCCAAUUUACUAUCAGAAUUUAUUGAAUCAAAGCAAACUUUAGGAAAUAAACAACUGUUCUUUGAUCAUACUUUUAUUUUUGAAGAUUUCAUAUCGAAACCAAUAGUAAAAAAGUUGGAAGUGAAAAUAGAAGGAAUCGAUAAGGACAUAUACGAUAACGAUUUCAUUCAUUUGAAGCAAACAGAUUUUGAAUUUGAUCCCUUCGAUAAGAUAAAAAAACUAGAGACAAAUAUCGAAAAUUUGAAUAGUCAUGAGAAAAAUUACUUGGAAAGUUUAAAAUAUUCAAUAAAUACCAAUCCGGCAUUAUCUCCCAAACAUUUCGAUGAAGCUAAGAAUGUUCAACAAGUGAAUGGGAUGGGAUUUCACAGAGACAAGAGAUUCUAUAAUGGUGCAUUAAUUGAUCAUGAACAAGAAUAUAUGCAAAGAUUGAAUUCAUUAAUUCGGAAUUUUCAAAAAUUUAUUAAAGCGAAUGGACUUAUUUCUUGGUUAUCUCAUGGUACAUUAUUUGGUUACUUAUAUAAUGGACAAGCAUUCCCUUGGGAUAAUGAUUUUGAUCUACAAAUGCCAAUUAGACAUCUUCAUUAUUUGAGUGAACAUUUUAAUCAAAGUUUGAUUUUAGAAGAUCCAAGAGAAGGGAAUGGUAAGUUCUUGCUUGAUGUUGGCUCUUCUUUGACUAUAAGAACAAAGGGCAAUGGUGAAAAUAAUAUCGAUGCAAGAUUUAUUGAUGUAGAUUCGGGGAUUUAUAUUGAUAUUACUGGAUUAUCUGUUUCAUCAGAGAAAGUACAAGAUAACAUGGCACCAUAUAUUGAUAUUGAAAAAUUCAAUGAGGUUGUUUUACAAAAUAAAACUAAGUUUGAUUCUACCUUCUUAGAGGAGGAAGGAGAAGGGUUGGCAUCUUUAAGUAUUACUGAACUACAAAGUUAUAUUAAUGAGCACGAGGAUGAAUUUGACGGGACGAUAAAAUACAAGAUAGGUGAGUUAAUAAAAGGUGAAACUGAACGUAAGACUAAUUCGAAAUUUUUUGUAAAUAAUCUUUCUCGCAAGGAAAGGUAUUUCCUUAACCGUCAAUUUCAACUAUACAAUUGUAAAAAUAGACAUUUCAGCACAUUAGAAAUGCUAUCACCUUUAAUUACUACAUCAUUCCAUGGAGUUGAUGCUUUAAUACCGCAUAAAUUCAUAACAUCAUUACGAACUGAAUAUAAACUUCCUGAAAAAUUUGGAUUUACAACUUUCCAAGGUAAUGUAUAUUUACCUGAAUUACGAUAUUGGUUUAAAUUCCCCAUUUUAAAAAAGGCAGCCAAUAUAAAUAAGAUUUUUGACAGUUUAAAUUCGCUGACAUCGUCCUUAAAUGAUAUUAAACUUUCAGACAUACUGAUUGUGUACCAUAAUUUAUUAAGAAUUGGUUCCCGUGAUUUAUUUGCUAAUUUAUAUACAUCAUUUGACGUUACUACUUAUAGAAUGAAGGAAAUUGAAAUUCAAUAUGAUGAUUCUCUUGAUGCGAUUGAAAAACUAAAAUAUCUAUCACUAUUAAGAAAACAAGUAGCACCUAAUUUAGAAUCACCUAACAAAGAUCCAGUAAUUUAUGAUUAUGAAAAAAGAUUAUGGGAAGAAUAUGGAAGGCACGUUUCAACCAGUAAAAUAACUAAUGUUUGUGAUUAUGUGGACGUAAGGUAUGCAAAUAUGUUAUGGGAGAAAGUGGAAAGUUUACAAGAGAGGAGGCUGGAUCUAUUCAAGGUAAAAGAUAAUAGAGAUGAUACCAUAGAUUUAAAUAAUAUUGGACUGAACCUAUUUACUGGAUCAGAUAAAAUGAAAAAUACGUUUUUCAAAGAGGAUCCAUCAUUGCAUAUAGUUUGA